GCCACCGCUCUCAAGAAGCAGUGAGCUAGCAUCGCCCUUGCGUGGGUUUUCAUGGGCUCCGCGCCCUUUAAUAAUCUCCACUAGAAAUGAGGGUCUGAGAGGCGGCCAUGUUGAGCUCGGGUUCUUCCUACGACCAGCUGGUGCGGCAGGUGGAGGCCCUGAGGAAGGAGAACAGCCAUCUGCGCCGGGAGCUGGAGGACAACUCCAACCACCUGUCCAAGCUGGAGAACGAGACCUCUGACAUGAAGGAGGUCCUGAAGCAGCUACAAGGCAAACUGGAGCAGGAAGCUGGCAGUCUGGCCUCCUCGGGGAGAAGUGACGUCCUGGAUCAGCUCAAAGAGUUGCACAUGGAUUUGACCAACUACUACGAGCUGAAGUACCAGCCGCACAACCUUCGGGUUCCCCCAGAGAGCCUGGCGAUGCAGGCCAGAGAGGGGGAGGAUACGUUGCCUCUCCCCCCCUCCGGCGUGGGCAGAGCCAGGAGCCCCCUGCGUACAGCAGCCCACCAGGGCCUCCCGGUCUCUGGGGAGGGCACCGCUGUCCACCCAGGGCCUCCACACCUCCUGGAGGGGGCGCUGCCUAAAACAGGCAUCGGCGGAGAGAGACGGGUCUCAGACCAGCACCUGGACGACCUCUGCAAGGAGAGGACCAUGCUGCUGAACGAGACUGAAAAAGAGGAGCAGGAGCGUUGCUGGUACUACUCCCAGCUCCAGGGGCUGUCUCAGAGACUGGCUGAACUUCCACGCAUCGACACUUUCUCCAUACAGAUGGAUCUGAUUAGGCAGCAGCUGGAGUUCGAGGCACAGCAGCUGCAUUUGGUUAUGGAGGAGCGUUUUGGAACCAGCGACGAGAUGGUGCAGAGGACACAGAUCCGAGUGGCCCGCCUGGAGCAGCUGGAGAAGGAGCUGCAGGAGGCCCAGGAGGCAAGAGGAGCCCUGGAGAGGAGCAGUCCGAUGGACUGCCAGACUAAUGGCUGUGAAAAGCCAGCCGUCCCUGAACCGGAAAAUACAUCAAAUAAUUCUGUCUCGGAGCCGACCGGAGAUCCAGGGAGCAAGGUGGAGAUGGUGUUCUGGCUGCUGUCCAUGCUGGCCACCCGGGACCGGGAGGAGAUGUCCCGCACCCUGCUGGCCAUGUCCAGCUCGCAGGAGAGCUGCGUGGCCAUGCGCAAGUCCGGCUGCGUCCCGCUGCUGGUGCAGAUCCUGCACGACGGGGCCGGGGGGGAGACGGCCGGCGGGGGCGGGGGCGGCGGAGGGGGCUGCAGCCGCGAGGCCCGGUCCCGGGCCGGGGCCGCCCUGCACAACAUCGUGUACUCGCAGCCCGACGAGGGGCAGGCCAGGCGGGAGAUGAGGGUGCUGCACGUGCUGGAGCAGCUCCGCUGCCACAGCGAGACCGGCUGGGACUGGAUGGAGACCCGCGCGCGGCUGCCCUCCACCGGAGGGGCCUCAGGUACAGACUUCCCGGAGCCGGUGGAGCCUCAGAUCUGUCAGGCCAUGUGUGCCGUCAUGAAGCUCUCCUUUGAGGAAGAGUACCGACGGGCCAUGAAUGAACUGGGGGGCCUACAAGCGGUGGCAGAACUCCUGCACCUGGACCAGGAGCUGUACGGCAUGCAGAACGACCCGCUCAACAUGGCCCUGAGGAGAUACGCCGGCAUGGCGCUCACAAACCUCACCUUCGGAGACGUGGUCAACAAGGCCACUCUGUGUUCAAAGAAAAGCUGUCUGAAGGCCAUCGUUGCACAGCUUGAAUCCGAUAGUGAGGAACUGCACCAGGUAGUGUCCAGUAUUCUGAGGAACUUGUCCUGGCGAGCUGAUAUCAACAGCAAGAAGACCCUGAGAGAAGUCGGAAGUGUGUCGGGUCUUAUUAGCUGUGCCCUUCAGGCCACCAAGGAGUCCACUCUGAAGAGCCUCCUGAGUGCGCUGUGGAACCUGUCGGCGCACAGCACGGAGAACAAAGUGGCGAUCUGCUCCGUGGACGGAGCGCUGGGCUUCCUCGUCAGCACGCUCACCUACAGGUGCCAGACCAACUCGCUGGCCAUCAUCGAGAGCGGCGGGGGCAUUCUGCGCAACGUGUCGAGCCUGGUGGCCACGCGCGAGGAGUACAGGCAAGUCCUCAGAGACCACAACUGCCUGCAAACCCUGCUGCAGCACCUGCGGUCACACAGCCUGACCAUCGUCAGCAACGCCUGCGGGACCCUCUGGAACCUGUCCGCCCGCAGCUCCAAGGACCAGGAGCUGCUGUGGGACCUGGGGGCGGUUAGCAUGCUGCGCAACCUCAUCCACUCCAAGCACAAAAUGAUCGCGAUGGGGAGCGCCGCCGCCCUCAGGAACCUCCUCACCAACCGCCCUCUGAAGUACAAGGACGCUGCCGUUAUAUCUCCCGGGUCCUGCCUGCCCUCGCUGUACAUGAGGAAGCAGAAGGCCUUGGAGGCCGAGCUGGAUGCCAAGAACUUGGCGGAGACUUUCCAUUCGAUUGAAAAGCAAAGUCCCAAGCAUCCGAGCAUCAACAAGUCGCUACGGCACAUUGAGAGCCUGGCAAAGGAUUAUGCAUCGGAUUCUGGCUGUUUUGAUGAUGACGAGGCACCCAACAUCUCCAGUAGCCUGGACACGGGGAGCUUCUCGAUGCUUUCGAUGUUCCUCAACAACUCCAACUUCCUUCAGGGCCAGCCUCGCAACAAAAAGAGCAGUGAACCCGAGCAAGACAUGGACCAAGAGAAGGAGGAUGACAAAAAGUCCAUACCUCCAGAUGAUGAAGUUUCAGUUGCUGCAGAAAAACUGGCCACAAAGAUCACCAACACAGUGGCCAAGAUUGACAAGCUAGUGGAGGACAUCACCAUGCACACUUCCUCAGAAGACAGCUUCAGCCUCAGCUCUGAAGACCACUUUUUAGACUGGCAGUGUGGCUCAGAUGAGCCGCACGAAACCAGGGCGAAGUCGUGCUCCCCUUGCCGACUCUCAGAUACCAGCAGCUUCACGCGUCGGGAACGUUUGAGCAGAGCGCAUGCCCUUCUGCGCCUCAAAACAGCACACACGAGCUUGUCGACGGACAGCCUGAACAGCAGCAGCACAAGUGACGGAUGCUGUGGCGGCAAAGACCAGAUCCGGCCCUCAGCAAGACCGGCGAUGGUGCAAAGGCGACCCAAUAGACUGGAUCUUAAGGUGUGCCAGCAAGGAUAUCUCAACAACGAGUUUAACCACGUCCUCAAUGAGAUCAGUCAGAGGGAGUUGCCAGAACGGGAUUCGGAGGACAGCAGGGAGGGAGUGGCAGACCCAAGUAGCACAGACACGGAGAAGGGUCAAGAGCCGCCACCCCCGACGCCAGCGACUACGUCCACAAAAGUCUCAUCUGAAGACGGAAUGCCGACUAUCAAGCUGUCCCCCUCCUAUCAACAGGUGCCAUUGAUACAAAGUGUUGCCAAGUUUGGUGUUGCUAAGACUGCCAUAAACGUACAGGCAGCACAGGCGAUGAGACGGCAAGCCUGGGUGCCAACGAUUAUGACCGGUGGGAGCAUCACUAAAUUUUCCCCAAUGAGUGCCGCACGGAGCCCGACUAUGGGACAGAUGGAGACUCUGCAAAAGUAUUCAGUGGAGAAUACGCCGAUCUGCUUCUCGCGGUGUAGCUCUUUGUCCUCGCUGUCUUCUGGCGACGGAGCUCUGGACGGGCAGAGUCAGAGCGAGAAUGAGCUCGAGAGCGACUCAUCUCUGGAGAUCAUCGAGGUGGAGGAGUGCGACCUGUUGAGGAGAGAGGAGCAGGAUGAAACCCUGGCGGAUCUGACCGAUAGCCAGUUGAUGGUCACGGAUCCGAAAACAUUCGGAAGCAGCGCCAGCCCCCCGUCAGAACCCAUCGAAAUCCCCUGCUGUGCUAAACGGGAGAAGAUAUUCCUCAGAGCGAUUUCACCGGGCAGACUUGAGGACAGGACCCCGUCGACUUCCUCUGAGAAUUAUACCCAUGAGACUCCACUGGUCAUGAGCCGCUGUAGCUCCGUAAGCUCGCUGGGAAGCUUUGAGUCGCCCUCGAUAGCCAGCUCCAUACUGAGUGACCCUUGCAGCGAGAUGAUCAGCGGGACGAUCAGCCCAAGUGAUCUCCCGGACAGCCCAGGGCAGACGAUGCCCCCAAGCCGCAGUAAAACCCCCUGCUGUGCCGACCCAAGUGGGCAGGAGACGCAGUCCACAGAAGGUGGAGGACAGUGGGAGAGCAGCUUGCGUAAAUUCAUGGAGAUCGCCGAUUUCAAGGAGAGGUUCAACCUGCCUCCGGACUUGGACACGAUGAUCUACUUCACGGUGGAAAAGCCCACGGAGAACUUCUCGUGUGCCUCCAGUCUGAGUGCCCUGGCUCUUCACGAGCACUACAUCCAGAAGGAUGUGGAGCUGAAGCUCAUGCCUCUGCUUCACCAGAAGGACAACACCUUGGCAUUCCCUAUGGCCCACGAACAGCCCGAGGAAGUAGGGGAUGACAAUUCUUCCAUCGUCGACCAGCAGGAGAGAUACAGCGAGGGCAACUCGGAUGACGACUUUGAAAUUCUCAAAGAGUGCAUAAACUCAGCGAUGCCUUCGAAGUUCAGAAGAGUCAGAACAUCUCUGGCGCCUACACUAUCCCCUCAAGCUCAAACGUCUAUGCAGUUGCCAGUCUACAUGAUACUUCCUAAUAAUUCCGAUCAGACGUGUUCUGUCGGAAAACCCGGGAUGCAGCAGGAAUUCUAUCGUGAUGAUUCCUCCUUCACUGAUUCAGCCGAAGGCACCCCUGUUAACUUCUCAAGCACUACAUCCUUAAGUGAUGAAACACUUCAGUACCCAUUAAAAGAUAGGGGGUUGAGACACUGGCGAGCUAAAAGUAUGGACAGACAGGAAGUUGUAGACCUAGAGGAAAAGAGAAUUGAAGAGCUCCGUGCUUUCUCACACUUUAAUAGACCUACUAGGUUUAGACGGACCGAUAUAACAACCAACCAAAUGACUGGAGCAAUCAAGCAUGCCACGGCCACACAAAGAUUACCUGUGCAAAAUAAACAGCAUACGAUAAAAACCUCUCAACAAAGAAGCAGAGACCAGUCACCAAACCAUCUAAUCAAAAAACAGGCACAGAAUCGGUUAAGGAAAUUGCCACAGUUAGACCUGCCGAUUAUAGAGCAAAGCACAGAGAUGUUGCAGAAUCAAAAUGCACUCUACAGCAAACAGGGUAACUUAGCAUUUCAGUCCAUGCGCCACCCAACACCCACUGAGGAAGCCAUAUAUUGUUUCUAUGAUGAUCAGGUGGACAAGGAGGAGGAGGGAAUAACAAGAACAGGAAGACAAAAAAUGAAAGAAGGCAAGAGUAGUAUACUGACCCAUAGUGCAAAUAGCACAGAUUGGGUUACAAACUCCCAAACAAGAUACAAAGCUGUUAACAAGAUCAAGCACAAUUUGAUCAUGGACGAAACGCCUCCAUGCUACUCUCUCAGUUCAUCGCUUAGCUCAUUGAGUGAUGCUGAACUUGAAGAGCGUGAGAGUAAAGUUCAGCAAGUGUGGGCGAGAAAUAGACACCAGGUCCCCUCCAACCAGACUAGAAGUGCAGCAAAGCCUCCGAACAACUACGGUCAAUACGAUGAAACCUCAUCAAGUUCAGUCAGUUUGGACUCUGAGGACGACCUUUUACAGAAAUGCAUAACUUCCGCAAUGCCAAAGCAAAGGAGGAAGCAUUCUACGAGAAAACGGAAAGCAGACAGGAAACAGAAACUGAUGAACAGUACCCAGAAGGGUACGGAAGGCUGGAAUUCAGAAAAAGACCUGGAAAGUGAUGAAUGCGCAUCUGACAAAGACUCAGACCUUAAUAGUGUUGAGUGGAGAGCAAUACAAGAAGGAGCAAAUUCAAUUGUUACUAGGCUACAGGCAGCAUCCAAGUCGCAAGAGCCUUCAUCUGAGUCUGAAUCGACGCUUUCACUUAUGUCCGGUGAAAAGCAGACCGUGAAAGAAAAUAACAAAGGGGGCAAGGCGUUACAGGGUAGAAACUCAACGCAGCUGGAUUUUUCCCAACGUAAGCCUGUUCCAAAUCUGCCGGUGGUCUUCAGAGGACGAACAGUGAUCUACAUGCCUAAGAAAGAGACAAAUAUCUCUCAGAGGCCGCCAACAAAAAAAGUAUCACCCAAGACUGAAACACCAGUGAAGAAUCCAAACCUAGCUCAGCAGAGGUCUAGAAGUUUGCACAGAUUAGGCAGACCUAAUGAUUCCACUGAACUUUCUUUGCCUAAAAGAAGUUCCACACCACCUGCCAGGAUAUCAAAGAGCACAUCAUCAGGGUCAUCUCAAAACUCUACUCCUUCAAAACAUCCACAGAAGAAAUGGACAUGCCCCUCACAAAUUAGCAAGACCACUCAGAAGAAAGAUGCAAAACCAAAACCAGCCAUUAGCCCAUGUGAAAAAAAGGGCAAGCCUUCUGCUCCGAUAAACCAGAAGACUGCAAAUACAAAAUCUCCAGCUCACAAAAAGACACAGAAAUCACCUGUACGAAUCCCCUUCAUGCAGACUUCAACCAGACAGUCCAUGCCUUCAAAGACUAUAUCACCUUUAGUUACCAACCAGCCUUCAGGUAUCAGCAAACAAAACGCCCAGUUGUCAGGGAAAAGGCCCGUACCUGCAAAUCGCGUUGAGUUAGUACGCAUGACUUCAACCCAUUCAAGCAAUGGUGAAUGUGACCAUAAUGGUUUCCUGAGACAGCUGACGUUUAUUAAGGAAUCGUCCAAAUGUGUCUCAACAAAUGAGAUCCAUUCCUCACGCUCAGUACCUACCUCUCAGAGUGCAUCGCCUCGGCGAGCACGACCAGGUGGCCCUGCCGUCUUCCUCUGCUCACCGCGUUGCCAAGAGCUCAAGACUGCCGCCCAAGCCCACGGACAGCGUCAGGGACAAAGGCAAGGGAAGGAGCAAGGACUUCUUGGGCAAAGUCUUUCCAGAGCCUGCUCUAGUGACCGAGACCUCUCGGUGAGGCGUCCCGCCAGGAGAACCAGCUCCGAGAGCCCCUGCAGGGCGCCUCAGAAGACUCACGUCUCGGGAACUUGGCAGCGGGAGAGAGAGGCCUUCCAGCGGCACGCCUCAUCGCCCAGCAUAAACGUUCUGAGCCGAGUCGCCAGCCAGGCCUCCGUCCGCUCCUCGUCCUCCGACUCCAGCGGAAGAACCAAGAGCGAGGAAGACGCGAAGCAGAGGCACCGCCAGCCCGCGUCGCGCGUCAACGGCAAAGUCACCUGGAGGAGAAUUCGGGACGAGGACGUUCCCCACAUACUAAAGAGCACCCUGCCGUCCACCGCUCUGCCCCUGGUGCCGAGUCCUCACGAGCAGAAACGGACGGUUCCGACUCUCCCGGGUAAACUACCCAAUAUUUCGCCGCCGUCUCGCAAAACGAGCGACGCCACCGUCCAAACGGAGGACUUCCCGAGCAAAACCACCUCGGGCACCUCCCCGACCCCCGAGGCCGUGCCCGUCGCGUCCGAAGAAGCCGCUAAAGUCGCUCUUCUGAGGAAGAGAAGCACGACCUCUGGGAAUGGCCUCUACGUGCAAGACGGAGAUUCCGACGGAUCCUUCAAAAGCUACAGCACGGCCUCCACUUCCACGUCCCACUCGGUAGACGGGCACGGCGGCGGUGUCGGCCACUUCCGUUCCAGCUCCCCAAGCAAGGCCGUCAGGGUCACUCCCUUCAACUAUACGCCCAGCCCUAUGACCUGCUGCCUGCAAGACGCACAGCUCAGAGCCUCGACUCUCAACGAAAAGUCCAGAGAACAACUUGAAGCGUAGCAACCUGCCACAGAGUACCAUAAAUUUUGUUGGCAUCCGAGGAUUCCAACUGCGCCCCUGAAUAUGAAACACUCAGGUGGAACUCUCAUAAGGAGUAAAUUUACAAUGAUCCUUUUACCUCUGGGAUUGAAACUUUCCUAUCUCGUCACGUCAAUAAUUCCUUUGUCCUUAAGGGUGCACGCUGUGUAUCUAUAUUUCAAUGAGACUUAACUGACAAAUUGCUUCUUUCUUUCAAGUUGGAUGUAUGCAUGAAACAAUUUUAAGACAAUAGCGGAGGUUAACAAAGGGGAACUUUGUGAUAUACAGUAUCACUGAAAAGCAGAAGUUCUCAUAACAGUUGGAUGUGCAUUUUAUUACUUUUUAUAUGUGUAUAUAAACCAUUGCCUGUUACAAGUGUUGUGUACAAAAGGAACACAAGAAGGACACUGUCAUCAGAUACAGUUAUUCAGCCUAUCACCAUAAUUUUGGUGGGAUAAACUGCGCAACCAAUAAUUGACACAAUAUGCAAAUCACUGGGUCAGAACCCAGAUAAGCUACUUAACCAUACAUUUAAAACAAAAGACUGAUUCAAAAACUGUUGUCUGAAGAAACUGACAAGAUAAGACUUGCUGAACUACGAAAACUUCCUAAAGCAACCGUUAGUGAUCAGUUUUUACUGAUUACAUACUCAUUUGUUAUAAUAUUACACCACAUAAAUGCUUGGCCUUUCACCCGACUUCAGACUGUGAAAAGUAGUAGCCAGCCUUCACUUUCACACCAGUAACAGAAGUGACAAAAAAGUGCACCACAAACUAUGUGCACUGCUGGAAUAUAACGCAACCCUUUUUCUUUAGCAGUAUUCCCUUUCCCUCUACACUACAAGCUUCCCAGUGAGCAAAAAACGAUUUUAUGUGCCGCUAUUGACCGCAUGCCUCUUAAAUAUCCACUACCUGUACAUACCUCUUGGACUACGAUGUUCUCCCCGGUGGCAUUCUUUAAGAAAGGGGAACACAAAAAGCAUUUUUAAUCUAUGCUGCUGGGCAGAAUUAAUGACUAUUUAAUCCAACUGUAUGGCUGUAAUCCGAGGGGUGCACAACUCCGGUCCUCGAGGGCCGUGGUCUGCGUACUGCUUUUUGUUCCAACCAAUUGCCUUGUUUUUAAUUUGCGGACAGCUCUAUAAAUUACCCUGGUUCAAGCCUGUACUUGAGCACAAUAAAAUCAUUUGGAUACACUUGCAGUCUGCAGCUGUAGCCGGCACUCAUACUCUUAGGUCAGAUAAGAUAUGAUUGAGUCAGUUAAAUAAUUAAGACCAGAAGUUGGCACAAAAAUCCUGAAACGGAUCGGCCCUUGUCGUGCACCCCUGCUGUAAAUAAAUCUGCUUAUACGGUAGUACAUGUUGCCUAUAGUAUCAGAUAAGCUCAAGGUAAUUCAGAGAGACACUGAUAAUAAAAGGAAUGGACAGAGAAGGCAGGUUGCAGAAUUUAAUAAACAUAUUCACAGUUUUACUCAGUUUUAAGUAGUAUAGUCAACUCCCUUAUAAUUUAAUAACUACGUACGGUUUUUACGUCACAAUGUGCGACAGCUCUCAUUAUAGUCCCACUGACUUUACUUUCUCCUGUUGUAUGCACACUCCAGUUAAGCACAUACCGUUACAACGGUGUUGUAACAUACUGUUACAACAAUCUAGAGUGUAUGCAGCCAUCAGGGCCCUACUGUAUUCAACUGCAGGACUGAGCUUGGGAGAUGAUCCCGGUAAUCAGCACUGAAAGUGCGCCAAACCGCAGUUGUAUUUGCGCGCGAGGCACAACAGUAUUGAUAUUUGCAUUAUGUCACUCAUCAUGAAUGAAGAGUUUUGAAAAUACUACCAUAUAAUGUGAAAAUGUCCAACUGAAAACACAACCAGGGUAGUAACAUAUUGGGAAACACCACAAUAUUGGGUAACAGAUGAGCGACUGUAAACCAACAUAAAGACUUGUUGGUUUGUAUUCGGCAUGAGAAAAGCAGACCACAAAAAUGUUUGGGUAGUUUUAUAUGCAUAUUCAGCACACUUCCACAUUUAUCACUGUAAUAAACAGAAUGUCUGCACUUGUGUUCAAAUUGGAAGGAGAUCCAUAUUUCAGUAUUAAAGAAAGGCACUUGGAUAAAACUGGUAAAAGGAGGGCAUAUUGCCAUCACAGAAAACCAUCUGUGAGGCAAGUAUUGGAAAAAUGAUACUUUAUUUUCUUCUGUAAUAACCUCUGUAUUUGGGAUUAAAAGGGAAAUUACAGGACAGAAAGGCUGUACAGCAUUUAUAAAGGCAAUAGUUAAUGUACUAAAUGAACAGGAAUCCACACAAUAAAUGUUUUCAUGAAAAGAA